CGUUCACCUUUGUUUGUACAAGUGUGGCCCACCCGGUGAUCGUAGAGGCCUGUCUUUUUAUUACGGCGUCUGGUUGGGAUGCCCUGAAGAGCGACUCUGAUCUCGCACUCGUGCCCCUGUACCACGUGCGAGGCGAGUUCACUUUCAAACUUCAGUCGGAGAGAGUCCCCUAGCAUUUUCUGCUAUUUCAUUGCCACCCUCUCUCCGUUUCCCGGCAGAAACCAUCCCGCCCUUAAGAGUCCCAAUCCGAAAAUCGGAAAGAACAUGUCAGAACGGGAGAAGGUAUUCCGAGUCUUCUGUAUCGGGACGGCCGAUACGAAAUCGGACGAGCUCCGAUACCUGUCCGAUUCCGUCCGGUCAGAUCUGGACCGUUUUACGAAGACGAGUCCUACUCCGUUAAAGGUAGAAGUGACCAUUGUCGAUGUUUCCACUAGUCAGAAGGAAACGGAGAGGUUGGAAGAUUUUACAUUUGUAACAAGAAAGGAGGUUCUCUCCUCCCAUUUGAAGGCAGACAGACUGUCCUCAUUCAUGUUUCCAGAUGACAGAGGUGAAGCAGUUGCAAUAAUGAGUAAAGCGCUCGAACAUUUCCUUCAGAAAGCUUACAGAGAUGAAAUUCUUUGUGGAGCUAUAGGCAUUGGUGGCAGUGGAGGAACAUCUCUAAUUGCUCCUGCUCUAAGAUCUCUCCCAAUAGAAGUGCCCAAGCUCAUUGUGUCCACCAUGGCUAGCGGUCAAACUAAGCCUUAUGUGGGGACGUCUGAUUUGAUAUUGAUUCCAUCGGUGGUAGAUAUUUGUGGGAUUAACAGCAUAAGCCGGGCCAUCUUAUCGAAUGCUGGGGCUGCUUUCGCUGGGAUGGUUGUUGGAAGAUUGUUGAGAUUACAUGAUUCUUCUAAGAAGCCUAAGCUGGUUACUGUUGGUAUGACCAUGUUUGGAGUUACAACUCCAUGUGUAAGUGCUGUGAAAGAAAGACUGAUGAAAGAAGGUUAUGAGACACUUGUUUUCCAUGCCACUGGUGUUGGUGGCAGGGCUAUGGAAGAUCUCGUUAGAGCAGGGUUCAUACAGGGGGUUUUGGAUAUCACAACGACAGAAGUUGCUGAUCAUAUAGUUGGAGGUGUCAUGGCCUGUGACAGCUCACGCUUUGAUGCAAUCAUAGAAAGGGUCCCAUUAGUCCUCAGUGUUGGGGCCUUGGAUAUGGUGAACUUUGGAGCUAAACAGACGAUUCCGUCUGCCCAUGACCACAGAAAGAUUCAUAUACAUAAUGAGCAGGUUUCACUCAUGCGAACAACUGUAGAGGAGAACAAAAAAUUUGCUAGAUUUAUAGCAGAGAAACUCAACAAAUCGUCAUCAAGAGUAUGUGUUUGCCUUCCGCAAAAGGGCAUCUCUGCUUUAGAUGCACCAGGGAAGCCUUUUUAUGAUCCAGAGGCUACGGGUACUCUUAUAAAUGAAUUAGAGAAGCUUAUCGAGAAAAAUGAACAUCGGCAGGUGAAGACACUUCCCUAUCAUAUCAAUGAUCCCAAAUUUGCAGAUGCAUUGGUUGAUGCAUUCCUUGAGAUGAAUGUCAAGAUUACUGAAAAUGCAACUCCACAUGACAAUGCUUUUGUUGAACCCAAUCAAGACCUUCAAAAGGAAGAUGUGACCCUACAUGGGAAUGCUACAGACUAUAGAACUAUUUGGCACAACCCAACUGACUUUCCCAAUGCAAGACCAGAAACAUUGCAGAGAACUCAUGCAAUUCUACAGAAAUUGAAAGAACAAAUAAAUAAAGGGAUUCCCAUAAUAGGAGCUGGUGCAGGGACAGGCAUAUCAGCCAAGUUUGAGGAAGUGGGCGGCGUUGAUCUUAUAGUCUUGUACAACUCAGGACGUUUUCGGAUGGCAGGAAGGGGUUCCUUGGCCGGUUUACUGCCUUUCGCAGAUGCAAAUGCAGUGGUACUUGAGAUGGCUAAUGAAGUAUUGCCUGUGGUGAAGGAUGUACCAGUUCUUGCCGGAGUGUGUGCAACCGACCCCUUCCGUAGAAUGGAUUACUUCCUAAAACAGCUGGAAUCAAUUGGGUUCUGUGGAGUGCAGAAUUUUCCAACAGUUGGGCUCUUUGAUGGUAACUUUCGCCAAAAUCUAGAAGAGACAGGAAUGGGAUACAGCUUGGAGGUGGAGAUGAUUAGAAAAGCACAUGGGUUGGGUCUCUUGACAACUCCAUACGCUUUCAACCAAGAUGAAGCCAUUGCCAUGGCAAAAGCUGGCGCUGAUAUUGUAGUGGCACAUAUGGGGCUCACAACAGCCGGAUCGAUUGGUGCAAAGACAGCUAUCACUUUGGAGGACAGUGUGGUUUGUGUACAAGCCAUUGCAGAUGGUGCACUUGGCAUCAAUCCAAAUAUUAUUGUGCUCUGCCAUGGAGGUCCUAUCUCUGGUCCUGGAGAAGCAGAGUUCAUACUGCAGAGGACAAAUGGAGUUCAUGGGUUCUAUGGGGCAUCUAGCUUGGAGAGGCUGCCAGUUGAACAAGCAAUUACAAUCACAGUCAAACAAUACAAAUCAAUUUCCAUCAAGUGAGGUGCAAUCCAUGCAUUCACCUUCUGUUCGUGUUUCUUUAUUGUUUGUUAGAUUUUCUUUACUUCCUAUGCAUGUCUAUCACUCCUUGAGCUUGAGCUUGAUGUGAUUUGCAGUUAUAGUGAUGUAGCACAAA